GAUAAUCAACUUUGUACAUGUUGCCCGCCCGCUACGUAUUUGUUGAUAGGGCGCAAUCGUUUUUAUUCUUUCUUUACCUACCUACCUACCUGCCUGCCUGCCAACCCACGUUUUCAUCUUUGCGUAUGACUUGAAUACUUUCUUGAGCGACCAUGUUGCUUUGCCAAAAUACUAUUCUCCAGAAAAUCACGGGUUGUAUCAACUGUCAUUCUUCAAUAUUAGAUUUCGGUGGCGCAAAUCGGAGGUGAUCAACUCCUGCACCCUUUUGCAAUAUGCCCGGUCUGCCAUCUUCCGUCGAUCUCGACCAGUGUAUAGAAAGUCUCUACAAGAAAAAUCUCCUCGCCGAAUCGGUGAUUGAAGCAAUCUGCGCGAAAACGAAGGAACUGCUUAUGCAAGAGAGUAAUGUGGUUCACGUGUUGGCACCUGUUACUGUAGUGGGAGAUAUCCAUGGGCAAUUCUUCGAUUUGAUUGAGAUAUUCAAGAUUGGAGGGUUCUGUCCAGAUACCAAUUACUUGUUUCUAGGGGAUUAUGUGGAUAGAGGCAUGUUCAGCGUCGAAACGAUUUCUCUUCUUGUUUGUCUUAAACUACGAUACCCCCAUCGCGUUCAUCUAAUACGAGGAAAUCAUGAGUCGAGGGGAGUCACUCAGUCGUAUGGCUUCUAUACGGAGUGCUCCAGGAAAUAUGGAAAUGCAAAUGUAUGGCAUCAUUUUACGGAUAUGUUCGACUUCCUUACAUUGAGUGUGGUCAUCAAUGAUCAAAUAUUUUGUGUUCACGGAGGUCUCUCUCCUUCAAUACACUCCAUCGAUCAAAUAAAAAUCAUAGACCGUUUCCGCGAAAUCCCCCACGAAGGGCCUAUGGCCGACUUGGUCUGGUCCGACCCCGAUCCCGAGCGCGACGAAUUCUCCCUCUCGCCUCGCGGUGCGGGUUACACGUUCGGCGCGCAAGUUGUGAAGAAAUUCCUCGAAGUAAAUAAGAUGUCGCACAUAUUGCGAGCCCAUCAACUUUGCCAGGAAGGCUACCAGGUUCUCUACGAUGAUCGAUUGAGUACCGUGUGGAGUGCGCCCAAUUACUGCUACCGAUGCGGGAAUAUGGCAAGUGUCCUAGAAGUCAGCGACACUGGGGAGAGGUUCUUCAAUGUAUUUGCUGCCGCGCCGGAAAACGAUCUACACAAGGGGGAAAUGCAGCAAGCCGGGCAGGACAAGACGGCCGAUGGCAGUACUCUGCCAGAUUACUUUUUGUGAUUCAAGAAGAAAGCCGUCAUUUAAACACUAGACCCUAUUUUCUUUCGAUACGCUAUUUUCAAACCAACCACUACUCCCGCCAUUCGACAUCAUGGAGGCAAUUAUUAAAAAAGCAUAUUCGCGACAGCUGAGACAGGUUUCGAGAACCCGCUGUGCGCCAGAUUCUUCUGCCAAGCAGUUGAGAUGCAAAUGAGCAACGACCCUAUCAUUCCAUUGUAUACAAGACACUGCACUCCAAAAACUGCAUUGUGGUCAUGAUAUGCUGUAUGUCAUUUCACACUUACGAAUUGCGUUUUUGUAAAUUCAAAAUUCCAUAGAAAUACGAGAAGAUACCCAUGAAUGGAUGCCAGGGCAGGACCAGUCAUGUAACAUGAUUCUCUUCAUCCAUUUAAACACAUUAGAUACGAAAUACAAUGAGAUA